AUGGCCGAGGUUGUCCGUCCCGGCAUGGCGGCAGCGCCCAUCCGUCAUCCUCCAUCCGCCUUCGCCGAGGUUCAGCAGCAGUCUGACGGUAUUGAUCUGAACCUGGAAAGCCUGCUGCCAGCCGACUUGACCUUUGCUAUCGAGUUUGCGCAGCCUGCCAAGCCUUCGAAGCCUCCCGCCUACAAGCCUACUGCACUACCUACUCAACUUCUGCAACCUUCCACCUCGGCCAUCAUUCCCCCCCAUAAUCCCUGGAGCUUUGACUCCUCCUUGGACUCCGUUGCCGGGCGCUCCAAUUCGAGUUCUCAAAACCAACAGUACCAACUCCAUCAGCAACCUCCCCCUCUACUGCCCACUUCACGCAGCGUUCCGGAUCGUUCCGUGUACUCCUCUCAUCACAACCACCACAACCACAAUUACAACCACUUCAACUAUCACCAGCACAACCAAGGCGCCUCCUCCUCACUUUCCAUCGCUGCCGGCGCCGCUGCCAGCCCUCGUCCUCCUGCGACACUCCCGCCGCCACCGCCGCCGCCCCGCGGCGCCGCAACUUUUACCUCUGCUGCUGCGGCGGCUGCGCAAUCACCCAUUUCCCCGGCCGGCGGGGUCCGCGUUUCUUCCAGCUCAAGUUCCAACGCCUCUCCACGCCAAUCUCCCAUCCACAGCAGAUCAGCGGCCAAUUCGGACUACGGUUCCGGAGCUAGCCAUGAUGAGUAUUAUGCCAUCGGCCAGCCUCCGCCACCGCCGCCGCGUGACGGCGGAGGUGCCGUACCCGCGGCGGUGCAGCGAACGGUUGAUGGGCCCGCAGGGCAGCGGGGCACUUCCUUGAACCGCAGCUUUGUGCGCCGCAAUAGCGCCAGCAGCGGCAGCAACUACAACAAUGGCGGGCCGCCGCCGCCGCCGCCGCCACCGCGUGACGGCGCUACCGCCCACGCGUCGUAUUGUCCGCCUCUUGACCUGGGGUCGCUGACGACGGCCACAGGCGACGGCUCGGUUUUGGUCACCCAAAGCUCCCGUGGCGGCGCCGCCGGCACGCCCGGCGGCGUAGCCGCCCCUGCUGCGGUGGACUGCUGGCCUCCGCCGCCGCCUCCGCCGCCGCCUAGUAAGAGCAUUACACCGCGGCCAUCAGCCCAUCUCCAGCCUCCGGCACCGCCACCGCCGCCGCCGCCACGCUCUGACCAGGAGUGCCUUCGCAGCCGCUCGUCCAGUUCGUCCACCGUCCCCUUCAAUACGCAGUACGGCAACGGCUAUCCAUCCAUCCUUCCACCGCCGCCGCCGCCGCCGAGGCGUUCGCCAGGUGCGGGCCCGACGGCCGACGGCCUUUAUGACGCCGCCGCCGUCCCCGCCGCUGGCGGUGACGUUGACACCGCUGCGGGUUUCAAGUUUCCUACCGUACAGGAGGCUCAGAUGCUGGUGGCGGCGGCCUUGCAGGACGGCACUGACAGCAGCCUGGCUGCUGCUCUUGAACUGUCGUCGAAGCUCCAGACGCUGGCGGCCCAGCGCAUCGCCGCUUCGUCUCAGUCGGGCAAGCCUUCCCCGCCUCCAUCCGCGCACAACCAUGCUGCUGCCGGUCAACCGGCGGUGGCGGCGACCGCGACGACGUUGCCUGGCGUCGCUCGGAGCCCUUCUCCUCUUGGAGGCAGCGGCGUCAACGGCCGCGGCAGCUUCACUGGUCAGCAACCGCCACCGCCGCCGCCGACGGAUAGCGGCCGGCUGGCCAGCAUGGGCAGCGGCGCUAGCGGUUUAUACUCUCGGAACUCGGCUACAGCCCGUGGUGGCUCCUUUGCGCCGCCGCCUCCGCCACCGCCUCCGCGGCAUCCCAGCUCCGGCAGCGGCUUAACGCCCCAGUCGACGUCAUCGGCAUCGCCGCCGCCGCCGCCGCCGCCGCCGCGGGCACCUGUACCGCAGCCCCCUAGCGCCGAUGUGGCCGCCGUCAUGGCAACACUUCCGGAGGUCCGCAGUCCUUUUGCUCUAUACCAGCGUGCAAGUGACGACGAUGACUGCUGUCCCACACCGCCGGAUGAGACGGCCGUCUCGCAGGAACAAUUGCAGCAGCUGUCGCAUUUCGGUACAAGUGCGCCCUGCGGCUUCGCAGCGAAUAGCUCUACCGCUGCAGCGGCGGCAGCAGCGGCUGCCGCCGUGGCGGCGGCCUCGUCAGCGCCGUACGUUGGAAACCCGUACAUGAACCUGUUUGGCGUCAAUGCAUUGGCGCCGUCAGUGGCGCCGUACGGCGGUGGCGGCCCCGCCAACCCGUUUGCCGGCGCCGCUAGCGGCGCCCCAAUGGUCAACAGCGGCGCGUUUGGCAGCGAUGUGUUUGGUACGGCAUCUUUGACGUCAUCGGUGGCGACAGGCCCUUUCUCGGUGGGGGGCAUGGGGAGCCACGAGGUAUCUCUGGCGUCGUUGACGUCGCUGUUGACGACAUUGGCGGCGCUGGCGAAGCAGGGGGGUGGCGGCGGUAGGAGCAGCGCCACCGCCGCUGCAGUCACAAGCCUCGGUACGGUGUCCUUGUCGCCUGUGAGCGACAGUACGGCAGUCAGUUGUAACGAUCCUUCCGUACCAGGCACUCCGGAGGUAAAGGCACCCAACCAGAUGCAGGCGUCGCCUGACGUUGCAACGAUGACGUCACCGACCUCCGUCAGCAUCGCGGGAAGCGACGACAUGUCCGCCGCCAGCAGCGGUACCGACACCGCUGCCGUCGCUGCUGUAUUGGCGGUCCAUGCUCAAAGCUCUUUAACGCCGCCUGUAUCGCCGCCAGCUUCAACGGUUGCGAUCGACGAGGCGACACCAGAUUCAUCGGAGCUUGCCGUCUCGACUGUCGCCGCCGCCGCUGCCGCUGCUACCGUACCGUCGCCGCGUGACUUUGCCGUACCAGCACCCGGUGCUCCGUCUCUCGCCGCUUUGCAGCAGGCACUGGCACUACUUGCCGCCGAGGUGUCGUCUCCGCCAGCACCGCUGUCGCCGCCGCAGGCCGUCGGUUGUGCGGCCGACGCGGGUUUGUGUACUGCAGCGUUGUCGCUGCCGGGCCUUAUGGGUGCGGCUCAAGAUCUUCAGAUGGCUCGCAGCCUGCACGCGGCUCUGAAGGUCGCGGCCCUCCUGGACUCGCUGUCCAGUACCCCUUGA